AUGGCUAAAAGUAGGAUUCAAGAUUCUUCAAUCAUUGAAGAUGAUGAAUUGGUCCAUUCAUUCCAAGAAGUUCCAUUGAAACCUCCUCACAAUCAUUAUAAGACCGGAGUUUAUAUACUAGGAUGGUAUUUCUUCUCCAUGUCAAUAUCAAUCUAUAAUAAAUGGAUGUUUGGUGAUGGUCUUAAUUUCAAAUUUCCUAUAAUAAUAACAUCGUUUCAUCAGUUAUGUCUUUUCAUUUUAAGUUCUUUAGUACUAUAUUUCAAUCCAUCAAUGAGGCCAAGUCAUUCACAUUUAGAAAGAUCAACUGAAUCACCCAAUGAUGGAGGUUUUAAUGGUUAUAAGAAGAUGUUUCAUAUCAAUUGGUUGGUUUAUAUCAAACAAUUCAUUCCUUGCUCCAUCGCUUCAGCUGGUGAUAUUGGAUUAUCUAAUGUUUCAAUAAUCUAUAUUUCUUUAAGUUUAUACACCAUGUUAAAGACUUCUUCAUUAAUGUUUGUCCUUAUCUUUGGACUUAUCUUCAAAUUAGAGAAAUUCAAUUGGAGAUUGAUCAUAAUUGUUAUGGUAAUGACAUUUUCAGUAUUAAUGAUGGUUUCUCCUAAUAAUUCUGAAGAUCAUAAAGAUAAUAAUUCCUUCGGAGUGUUUUUAGUUCUUCUUGCUUCAGUUAUGUCAGGUUUAAGAUGGUCUUUCACUCAAUUAUUACUCAAAAACAAUCCUCAUACUCCUAAUACCAUCACCACCAUCUUUUAUUUAUCCCCAUCUAUGAGUAUAGGACUUUUUUUCAUUGGUUUGAUGGUUGAAGGAGGAAAUAAUUUCAGAAAUUCUAAUAUAUGGCAAGUUAAAGGGAUUUUUCAAACUAUCAUUUUAAUGAUCAUCCCAGGAAUCUUAGCUUUCAUGAUGACUUUAAGUGAAUUUAAACUUUUGAAAGUUUCCCAAGUCAUCACAUUAUCCAUAGCAGGGAUUUUCAAAGAAUUACUUACCAUUGUCAUAUCAUCAUUCAUCUUCGGCGAUAGAUUAAGCUGGAUAAAUAUUAUUGGAUUGGUUAUAACUUUCAUAGAUAUUUUGUGGUAUAAUUGGUUCAGGUUCACUGAAGCCAAAUACAAGCCAGUCAACAUAGAGAUGAGAAAUUUACAAUAG